UUUACGCGACAACACUGAAGAAGGCCCCCUUAGUUUGUCUGUUCGUCAUGGGUUCGAGGACACACAGUCGAUCAAGAUCCAGGUCCGGGUCUCGAUCUCGGUAUCGACUCAAAACGAAAAGAGACAAAAGUCGCUCUCCUGAUCGGAGGGGCGAUCGAACCUGUUUGGGAAAAACGGAAGUUGAAAGGAAAUCCAGGAGGGGUGAACGGUCCGAUAACAGCGGUAGUAGAGAGAGGUAUCGCUCCGGUAUCGGUUCUGUUCAUUCACCACACGGCUCCGGCACAGACUCAGGCAGCGACAGGAAUUCACGGAACCGCGGAGAGCCCGAUUUGAGUAGAAGACGUGUAUCCAUGGAUAGGUCUAGCUCUGCAUCAGAAUAUGAUACAACAGAAAUGAGAAAGAAAAGUAAUAAAAAGAAAAAGCCCAAGGAUAAACACGAGGAGAAACAGAAAAGAGAGACCAGAAGCAUCUCACCGUCAGGUUCGGAUUCCAGCAUGGAGAGGAGGAGGAGGAGGAGGAAGAGCAGCGAAAGGAGAAGUCAGGAGAGAGGGAAUAGGAGCAGCAGCUGGGAGAGAGGGAGGAGAGAACGAGACAGAGAGAGGAGAAGCCGAGAGAAAGAAAAAAGAACUGGAGACAGAAAAGCAGAGAGAGGUGAAGGAAGGGAGCGAAGAAAUGACAGAAACAGAAGACGCUCCCAGUCAAACUCCUCGGUGUCUUCCCAGUCUUCGGGUUCGCAGCCGGCAGACAGAAAGGGCUCCCCAGGGCCAGAUGAGCAUAUGUUAGCCCUGGAGGAGAAGAAGAAGAAGAAGGAGAUGAUGAAGGCCCUGGAGACACCUGAGGAGAAGAGAGCACGGCGACUGGCUAAGAAAGAAGCCAAGGAGAGGAAGAAGCGGGAGAAGAUGGGCUGGAGCGAGGAGUACAUGGGGUACACCAAUGCAGAUAACCCGUUUGGAGACAACAACCUGCUGGGCACCUUCAAGUGGCAAAAGGCUUUAGAGCUGAAAGGUAUCGGCCACCUAGGUGAGAAGGACCUGAAGGAGAGGAACAAACACAUCCAAGAAGAGAACCGGCGAGAACUGCAGAAGGUGAAGCAGCUGCGUCUGGAGCGAGAGCGUGAGAAGGCCAUGCGUGAGCAAGAGCUGGAGAUGCUGCAGCGCGAGAAGGAGGCGGAGCACUUCAAGACAUGGGCGGAGCAAGAGGACAACUUCCACCUGCAUCAGGCCAAGCUCAGGUCGAAGAUCCGAAUUAGAGAUGGCAGGGCCAAGCCCAUUGACGUGCUGGCCAAGUAUAUCAGCGCUGAGGAUGAUGACCUGGCGGUGGAAAUGCACGAACCGUACACCUUCCUGAAUGGCCUCACUGUCACAGACAUGGAUGACCUGCUGGAGGACAUUAAGGUGUACAUGGAGCUGGAACAGGGGAAGAACGUGGACUUCUGGAGAGACAUGACGACCAUCACGGAGGACGAGAUCAGCAAGCUCCGCAAGCUGGAAGCGUCGGGGAAAGGGCCAGGCGACCGCCGCGAAGGCAUCAACACCUCCGUCACCAAUGACGUGCAGACCGUGUUCAAGGGCAAGACCUACAGCCAGCUGAAGGCACUGUACCUCAACAUUGAGAGUAAGAUCCGGGCAGGAGGCUCCAACCUGGAUAUCGGAUAUUGGGAGAGCUUGCUGCAGCAAGUCCGCGUCUAUAUGGCCCGUGCACGGCUGAGGGAGAGGCACCAGGAUGUCCUGAGGCAGAAGCUGUACAAAUUGAAGCAGGAGCAAGGGGUGGAGAGUGAGCCGCUGUUUCCCAUCAUCAAAGAGGAACCUGCACCACCGCAGCCUGUGACCAGUACAGAGGACAGGAGCACAGACCAGCCUGGGCCUUCCUCCUCAUCGUCUCCCCAGGGUACCAAGGAGGGGGAGGAGGCUGGGGAGGAGGGGCAGGGGGAUGCAGAGGGAGAAGGCAAAGUGGAGGCCGUUCUGACUGAGGAGGACCUGAUUCAGCAGAGCCAGGCAGAAUACGACUCGGGUCGAUACAGCCCCCAGCUGCUGCUUCCCUCAGAGCUGCCCCUGGACACCCACACAAUGGAGCCCGAGGAGGACAGGCAAAGGCUACACCUGGCCCGACGCCAGCUACAGGUCACAGGUGACGCCAACGAGAGUGCGGAAGACGCGUUCGUGCGGCGCGCCAAGGAAGGCAUGGGUGCCGACGAGGCCCAGUUCAGUGUGGAGCUGCCACUCACCGGCAAGAUGUACCUAUGGGCCGACAAGUACCGGCCCCGCAAGCCACGCUUCUUCAACCGUGUGCACACUGGCUUCGAGUGGAACAAGUACAACCAGACGCACUACGACUUCGACAACCCGCCACCCAAGAUCGUACAGGGCUACAAGUUCAACAUCUUCUACCCGGACCUGAUCGACAAGCGCUCCACGCCACAGUACUUCCUAGAACCCAGUCCCGACAACAAGGACUUUGGCGUCCUGCGCUUCCAUGCCGGGCCGCCCUACGAAGACAUCGCCUUCAAGAUCGUCAACCGCGAGUGGGAGUACUCGCACCGGCAUGGCUUCCGCUGCCAGUUUGCCAACGGCAUCUUCCAGCUGUGGUUUCACUUCAAGCGUUACCGCUACCGCCGAUAGGCCCGCCCCGGGGGCCCCUACCCAUUUCGAUUUCCUCAGAACUCGUUAUGGUUGUUUUCUUAAUGCUCAUUUUUAAAGUCCCAGAGAUGUGCCGAUCAUUAAAGUCAUUCUGCCUGGGACCAGUUGUUCCAGAAACAAGGA